UCGACGCGAACACCUCGCCGCGCCGCCCGGCCGCUCGCACUCCCGCCGAAACGAGCCGCGAACUUUUUUUUUCGAUUCAACUUUUUGACACGCGAAAGUUUUCGACGGAUCGCAUCCGACAGUGGGCCAGCGCGCGGGCCGGCGACGCGCGCGACACCCUAGUGAGUGCAGACAAAACCGAACGUGUUAAACGCUCAGUAAUCACCGCGGCGCGUAACCGUGUUUCAAAAAUAAAACGUUGCCGAUUCGAAACCGGAGCACCUCGAAGGUUAAUGACAAAAUAAAAAGCGUGCAUUAAAUUGUGUGUCCGAGCGGUCGUCACUGGAUGUGAGGCGAUCUGCGUCGCGGCCACGUGAGUGUAUUGUCAGGCGUAUUUCUGUACGUUACUACUACAGUUUGAAUAAAUUAACAUAAGAUCGCCCGAUGCCUAAGCACCGUUCGUCGAGAUAAGACCAAAAUGCACACGCCCGACAAAUGAAAAACAAUAACAAUUAUGAAACGUAGAAAAUAUGACACAAUGGUAUCGUUUCUCAAGUUCAUAAAAAUACCAAAAAAAGUAAACCAGCACAAACGAAGCCUAUGAUGAACGAACGUCACACUGCCAUUAUUAAAAGUGCCUUACAAACAACGAACUGAAAAACUUAAAAAUUCAAACAAAUGUGAACUAAAAAAAAUGUUAAUUAAUUAAAAAAAUAACUGGUGCUUCAAAACAAUAAAUAGACUAUCGAAAUAAUGUUAGUGAAGGAGACUGAACAAAAACUGUGUGAGUUUGGACCGAAGCGUUUAAGAUGUUAGACGUUUUCCGUGGGUUAAAGAAUCUUAUCAAGGUGAACUAUGUACACAUCGAUUCUCCAGUGUUUAGGCUGCACUACUCUAUAACCGUUAUCCUGCUGAUAGCCUUCAGCUUGAUCGUGACCACGAGGCAAUACGUCGGGAACCCGAUAGACUGCAUCCACACUAAAGACAUCCCCGAGGACGUGUUGAACACGUAUUGCUGGAUCCACUCCACGUAUACCCUGAAGAGCUUCUUCAGCAAGAAGGUGGGUGUGGAGGUGCCGUACCCUGGGAUCGGGAACAGCCGUGAGAAAGGGAAGGAAGAUAUGAGUGACAGGAAGAUUUACAAGUACUACCAAUGGGUCUGCUUUUGCCUGUUCUUUCAGGCGAUGUUAUUCUACGCGCCGCGGUGGCUGUGGAAGUCGUGGGAAGGAGGGAAGAUCCGCGCGCUCAUGAUGGACCUGGACGUGGGCGUCUGCACCGAGAUAGAGAAGAAGACGAAGAAGAAGCUCAUUCUGGACUACCUGUGGGAGAACCUGCGGUACCACAACUGGUGGGCCUACCGCUACUACCUGUGUGAGGGGCUCGCUCUUAUUAACGUUAUAGGGCAAAUGUUCCUCAUGAACCGCUUCUUCGACGGUGAGUUCAUGACGUUCGGGCUGGACGUCAUCGCGUACAUGGAGUCUGACCAGGAGGACCGGAUCGAUCCGAUGAUCUAUAUAUUUCCAAGGAUGGUCAAAUGCACACUUUUCAACAAAUUCGGGUCAUCAGGCGAGGUGGAGCGACACGACGCACUCUGCAUCUUGCCACUUAACGUCGUCAACGAGAAGAUCUACGUCUUUCUCUGGUUCUGGUUCGUCAUACUCGGGUUCCUCACAUUCAUCACCCUAAUAUACCGGAUAGUUAUCAUCUUCUCGCCACGUAUGCGCGUGUAUAUGAUGAGGAUGCGCUUCAGGCUAGUGCGGCGGGACAACGUCGACACGAUCGUCAGAAGAAGCAAAAUGGGUGACUGGUACCUACUCUACAUCCUCGGAGAGAAUCUAGACUCCGUGAUAUUCAGAGAUAUAAUGCACGAGUUCGCUAACAAGCUGAAUCACAACUACCAGCACCACAUUCACGGAGUUCCAGACGCGUGACCUCCGAUCCCGGGUUGGGUGUUCCACACGUGACUGACGUCGUUGCAGCGCGACAUGGACCCGCCCGUCUAAACAGCGCUGAAACUCAUCAGAAGUCUGCAGACUUCAACGGGAACAAUCUCAUUGUUCGUACGUAAGAAAAUAAAUCGGGCCAAGUCAGCUGCUUUGCGGCGCUCCGAUGCCGCCGGCCGGACUGCUACGCGGAGUGUAAGAUACAUGUCAAAGACUUGAAUUGACGAUAAUGUAAUCGUUACAGUGCAAUUCUAAAUAUGCAAUAAUAGAUUGUACUUAAUGUUUAAGAAUGUGAUCUCAGGAUGAAUCCUAUCGAAAGCCUUAUCGAAGUCGACAGUGACGGCUAUCCCGUUAGAAAUAUCUAGUGUUCAACUUUUAGAAGUAUUUUUACUUAUAGUUUCGCUGCUCGUAGUAAUGUUUGUCAGGACCGCUUCGUUUUUUUCUACUCUAGCUAAUAUUCGAGAAAAAGCACAGAUGGCACAUCGUUUAUCUUUUACACGAUUUCUCACUUGCAAGGAUUUGACAGACCAAAAAGGAAAAUAAAGCAAUAAUUAAAGGAACUAAUAAGUAAUGUAGGCUUAGUAAUCGUAAUUGGGGUUUAAAUACAAUAAUAAUUACUUACAUAAUAUACCUAGAUACGUUAUCCAAAGCGAGUGCCUACAAAUCGGGCGUUCCUAUUGGGCAUGCAUCACUGACGUACUUACCUUUUGCGCGCCAAAAGACAUUUUACGUUAAACUCUAGACAAAUAAAUGAACAUAGUUGUACUUGUAAUGCAAUAUUAUCAGCAUCAAUAAUAUGAUAGAUAUAAUUUACUAUUGAAAUAAGUUCCUUUAAAGUUUAACAUACGUGUUCAGUGUAGUAAGUACGUUUUGAUAAACGACUGAAAUUUUGGAAAUUGUAACAAUAAAUUGUAAAAAAUUAAACGUAACUCAAAGCUAUCACUCUUAGAUUUAUUUUGGAUCGUUUAGUGCUGGAAUUAGAUGAUUCAUCGGUAGUGGAUCGUUUAGUGAAAGAGGAUGAAUGAUGACUAAUAACAUCAGAAAUGCAGCAAUAAAAAUGAAUUAGAAUAAGUACGUUGACGCUUUAAAAAUUAUAAUUUCUACGUCAUCGAAAGUAAUACUAAUGAUAACAAUUUAAUGGAAUUUAAAUCAUCUAAUUUCGGAACUAAAAUGUAUGGCAACUAUUCCGAAAUGAUUUAGAAUUUAGACGCAAACCUGAAGAGAGAUUAGUUGUGAGUAAUACAUUGGAUCGUAUUAGGAAAUGUAAAGUUGUUGGAAAACUGUUGUGUUUAUUGGUAGAGAAAAUUCCUGUGUCGGUUGCUUGUCUGAAACAAAUUAAACAGUAAUAUAAUUAUUAUUUACCUGCUUCGCUGGUUCAGUGACCAAGAGAGGAUCUUGGCUUCCAUUACAAGAACCUGCCUCUCGCCUGUCUUGUACUACUUUCAAAAAUGAAAAACUUAUUUCAUGUAUCUCAGGCUCUGCCGCCGGUUUUGAAAGCAGUUUCUACUGAGCAGAGCCGGCAAUAACUUUACGCCAAUCAGCUCUUCCGAGGGCUUGUAUCUUACAUAGCUCUAGUCUCUACGUUAAUUCAGUCAUACAUAAAGCAUCUGUAUGUGAUUCUCACUGAAUGAUAUCUCUUCUUUCUCAUUUUGUGUCUAAGCCAGCGAAGUUAGCCCGGUUUUAUUUGCAUUCUUCAGACCAAAAAUUUUAUUUUUUAUUUUUAUUCAUCUAAUUAAUCAUCUUAUUUAUGAUCUUCAAAACCAUUUGAAUCAGCAAGUGCAGAAUUAAGUAAACUGUAUCUAAAAUUGUAAUACAUCCAUAGAAAACAUGGUCCUCGUAUGAUGAUGUAUGAUACUUAAAAUAUAAAUUAUUGUUAAUAGCAAUAACGUGUUCACUGAAUAAAUUGUUUUUAAUUAUUUAUUCAGCAUAGGUAAAUUAUAAUUAUUAUUUAUUUUAUAUAUUAUAAUAUUAUAUGUUCCGAUAAGAUAAAUUGUUGCUAAAUAUAAUGAUAGCCAGUAGACAACAGUCAAUACUUAUUUAUGAGACUUUAAUGUCGUACAAAUUGGUAUAAUCAAUGAAGUAACAUCAGAAUUUCAUAAUGAAAUGGUAAAUAAAUGUGACUUUUAGGAAAAGAAUAUUAAUAAAUCACUCUCAAUCAGUCAUAUCAAUAAAACAUAGCAAAUAAAGGAGGCUAUAAUAAAGACAAAAAAAAUAUCAAAUGAUAUAAAAAACGAAUUCGAAGACGAUGGUAUUUUCUUGGUAUUAAAACGUUUCCACGCUUAACUGGGGGCAACGCAACAUCCAUCCACUGUCUCGAUUAAAAAAUUUCAACACACGUUACAUUUCAGGGCACAACAAUUCAAACGCUAAGAGAUUAAAAUUCUGAUGUUAUUUCUCUAAAUAACCCAAUUUUAUCGUAAUAUCUUUAAGACGUAAGCUUUUAUGAUUGCAUUUAUUUAAUUCCACGGUGAUUGACUCUUGUCUACGCGGCUAAAAUAAUCACCCAUUUAUCUAGUCAUUAAAAUAAUGGCAUGAAUGCAAACGAUUGUCUAAGGGCCUAAGCAAACACGAUACUUUAGCAAGAGCGGUUGACGAUUUAGUCGCUAUAAGCAGCGACUGAACGUUUUACUCUAGAAAGCAUAUUAAUGAAACUUUGAUGUUAGAUAUAACACGGUUGCGUUGUGCGUGAUUUAUUUAGAAAUUUAUUUCCAAGUUGCUAAAAUGAAAAUUUUCAUUUUGGCGACUCUUCUCAAUUCAAAAUUUUGGUUUAGCUAUGACUUUUAGAUGCCAUUCGUUCGGGUGAAAAUUUCUCAUAAUCCUUAGUGGUGAUUACAAAUUUUUAGACACGUUUUUAGACCAGUUUGAGAUAUGCGUUGAUAAUCAGUCAGUCUUUUCUUUUAUAUUUACUGAUAGAGGUGAACUUUUUUACUUGUAUAAAGUUUAUUUAGCUGUGGCUGCUAAUAUUGCGUUCUGCACCUUCUUUUGAUUGUCUACAGUCUACUACACACUUUGACUAUGGCUGCAAAAAGUUUCUAAAUCUCUCGAUGUCCCUCCGCCUUUGCUGAAAAUAUCGAGUGUGCUAAGGCCUUAAAUAAAUAUGAAAUAAAUAACGUUCGAAUCGUUUUAUGAUUAGUUGUUUACAUUCAUUGCCUUUUAGAUCCGAAGUAAAUCAUCGCCUAAGAAACAUCACCGGAUAUUUUAUUCUGUUUAUUCUAUGGAUUAAAAUAUUCAUUAGGUUUUAAACCAUUGAUUAACGGUUUUUUAUAAUGUUAUUUUAUUUUUACUUUAUUAUUUUUAAACGCUGGUAUUCAUACUGAAAUAUGAUGUUUAAAAAUAUAUUGUUACUUAACCUAUUGUUUUAACUUUUAAGAGUUUUUAAAAUAAAAUGUUCGUUUAGCUAUGAUGACGUAAUCUAUGCCUUUCACUUGCAUAACACACAUUAUUAGGUAGCUCGCCGCUAAGGGUGCGUUUCCACUGAGACUGAAUGGAACGGAGACGUGUUCGAUCAAUCAAGUAUUGUCAAAUGAUAAUUUUAUCACGUCGUCGCUCAAAUGGUUCUAUUCCAGUCCGCAUUACCCUUAGGGUGCCUGUCCAAUGAAGCGGAGUGGAUUGGAGCGGAGAUGUGUUAUGAACCGUUAAAUUAUAACAAUCUAUCUCUCAAAGAUCUGAUCGGUCGACGAAGCACAUGCCCACCCCGCUCCGCUUCAGUUGAUAGAUACUGGAAGCCUAACGAGGCAUUGGUUUGCGUGGUAGCGUAGCCAGUCUUGAUUAAGGCAAAAAAAUAUCCUUUAAUCGAGGUAGCGCAGCGCGCUCUGUCGGUCAAACCAAAACCUAGUGAGCAAAGUAAAGCAAUUUAUGUGCACUCUUUUACUGUCAAAAUUCAGUUAUAACAAGAUAUUUAAUUCAACAAAUAGCAACAUUUUUAAGUCGCUAUUUGAUUGCAUGUCUACUAAUGUAAUGUACUUUUUUCAUCUGGCUUUAUGGCUCUGGGAUCUAGCCUUUUUUUGUACCUUAAUGUAAUAUAGUCAUUACUGAUAAACGAUGAUGUUUCUUAAGCGACAAAUAAAAUUGCUGAACUGAGCCUCGAGUGUAUGUUUUAAUUAGAUGACGAUAAAGAAAACUUACCACUAGAGUUGGUGCUGCCAGUUUGUAGCUAACGAAACGAUAUAAAGAAGAUUCACAUCUGCGAACUGAGCUGCUCAUGAUAUGGUAUGUACGGGGAUCAAGUUGAAGUUGCCGCUUCGUUUGCGCAGCGUGGAACGAGAUGUUCAACUUUAUCCACGUACAAUGAGCCACUCAGCUCGCAGGUGUGGAUCAUCCUUUAAAAUGAUUCUUCAAUGGGUAGAGUUUUUUAUUCUAACAGCAACAGUAGAUUUUAACUGUAGUGGUAAGUUUUGUUUUCGCCAAAACAAAUCAUUAAGGUUACCUGUCAACCGAAGCUGAGCGAAACGAUAACAUGUUCACCGGAUCAAUCAGAUUAUUGAUAGAUCACGUGGUAAUUUCAUCACGUCACCUUUCAAUAACGCUUUGUAUUUUAAUAAUAGCCUGUUGAACACAAUAUCUCCACUCCGCUCCGCUCCAGUGAACAGGCAUCAUAAGGGCUCCUUCAUAAAAUGAAUUACUUAAAUAACAACUUUUAUCGAUAAAGUAAGUACUAGUAGUAAGAUUUUAAUAAUCGCAGUGAAGUCACUGCGAUCUCUUCUUGUCUCACUUAUCUAGUAGUGAAGUAACGAUGCAGUCUAAGAUGGAAGAAGGCUAAAUUAGAAGGGGAAUGGCAGUUUAAGAAACCCCAUAAUCUUAAUCAGUCCCAUUCUACUAAGUACUUAGAAAUUAUAAAUUUCCAAAUUGCUACUGUAGAGAACCGAACCUGAGGCCUCCCAUUUAAAAUACCACAGCAUUCACCACUGCCAGGGAGUUGUAAAUAAUGCUUGUCUAGUUCGGAUAUCGUGGUUAAAAUGUGAAAAUCUCUACUUAGUUUACUCAAUAGAUGAGUUAUGUCCAGGCCCCGACAAACCAGACCUUUGAUCGGCUGUUAGUAUUUGGCAUACAUCAAGAUCGAUUAAGCCAGUCGUAUAAGGCCUUAUUAGUUUAGUAGACAGAACUAUAGAUAAACUUUAUCUAACGAAAUUAGACGUUAAGACACUUUGUAUUGGGAAUCUGUCAUAAUGUUAAAUUUAUCCAUUAGAUAAAGCUUAUCUGGUGGAUGUGGUCCUAAGGGUGCUUGUUCAUUUAAGUGGAGUAGACCAAACAGAUAAUUGGUCUGCUGAACACAUAUCCACUCCUCGCCCCUUCAGUGGAUAGGUACCCUUAGCGACAAAAUGACAUCUAAAAUUUUUAGAUUGAAAUCGAAACAAGACAAAACGAACGCGAAUGUGUGAAUUUUUCGCCGUUUUUCUCAGUAAGUGCAUUCUCUUUUCGAUUCUCUUUACUUUAUGUCAUUUUGAACCCUAACUUGCUACUCAAAUCUGCCGAACAAAAGUUUGUAGUUUGUCGAGACUAAUGAGAGGUUUCUUAUAAUGUGAAGGAGCCCUCGAGGCCUUAUAAUGCCAAAAGGAAAGCAAAUCAGUAUUGUAUCGUAGCGACAUGUUAAACGCCAAAUAUUGUGCCAAAGUUCUAAUAUACCUAAUAAUAAAAUACUCGUAAUAGUGAAGAACGACUUUGUAAUGGAAAAGAAGGUUACCAAGGAAGAAAUAAAUUAUGAAAAAUA